UGUGGUGGCCUUUGUUCAUUUCUAGGAGAGGGCUACAGCAGUCAGCUGACCAUACAGGACCAGAGACACAUCAUCAGCCUGGCCUUCAGGAUGUGGAGCGAGGUGUCUCCCCUGGAGUUUAUAGAGGACACAUCCUCUCCCCUGGCGGAUGUAGACAUCAAACUGGGUUUUGGAACAGGGAGACACUUGGGAUGCAACCAGAAGUUUGAUGGUACUGGACGAGAGUUUGCUCACGCCUGGUUCCUGGGAGACGUUCACUUCGAUGACGAUGAACAUUUUACUGCACCAAACACUGGCAGUGGGAUCAGCCUGCUCAAAGUGGCAGUGCAUGAGAUAGGCCACGUCCUGGGCCUGCCUCACAUCUACAGGACUGGUUCCAUUAUGCAACCCAGUUACCUGCCCCAGGAAUCAGGCUUCGAGAUCAACUGGAUGGACAGGAAGUCCAUACAGCACCUCUAUGGGGGCUGUAAGGGUCAGUUCAACACAGUGUUUGACUGGAUCAGGAAGGAGAGAACCCAGUACGGUGAGGUGGUGAUUCGUUUCAACACCUACUUCAUGAGGGACGGCUGGUACUGGCUCUAUGAGAACAGGACCAACCGGACCCGCUAUGGUGACCCGGUGGCUCUUCAGGUGGGCUGGCACGGCAUACCCACCAACGGGGUAGACGCAUGUGUUCACGUGUGGAACAGGAACACUGAUGCUGUCUACUCUCUUUAA